GAUGAAGCGCCGGAGCGCCGACUGCAGCAAACUCCGGCGGCCGCUGAAGCGGAACCGCAUCACCGAAGGCAUCUACGGCAGUACUUUUUUGUACCUGAAAUUCCUGGUAGUCUGGGCCCUUGUCCUGCUGGCUGAUUUUGUGUUGGACUUCAGAUUUGAAUAUCUUUGGCCAUUCUGGCUUUUCAUCAGGAGUGUUUAUGAUUCCUUCAGAUACCAGGGACUGGCCUUUUCAGUAUUUUUUGUUUGUGUAGCAUUCACAUCCAAUAUUAUAUGCCUACUCUUCAUACCGAUACAGUGGCUGUUUUUCGCUGCCAGCACUUAUGUUUGGGUACAGUAUGUCUGGCAUACAGAGAGGGGAGUGUGUUUACCAACAGUAUCGCUGUGGAUACUAUUUGUUUAUAUUGAAGCAGCAAUUAGAUUUAAAGAUCUCAAAAACUUUCAUGUAGAUCUUUGUCGACCUUUCGCUGCACACUGUAUUGGCUAUCCUGUUGUGACUUUGGGCUUUGGCUUCAAAAGUUAUGUCAGCUAUAAAAUGCGACUAAGAAAACAAAAGGAGGUGCAGAAAGAGAAUGAGUUUUACAUGCAACUUCUUCAGCAAGCUUUACCCCCAGAGCAGCAGAUGCUACAAAGACAAGAGAAGGAAGCAGAGGAAGCAGCCAAAGGAUUGUCUGAUAUGGAUUCCUCAAUACUUUUGCAGCACAAUGGGGGUAUUCCAGCCAGUAAAAAAAUAUCUACAGCAUUACCGGAACUGGAAUACAGGGAAAAGGGGAAAGAAAAAGACAAAGAUGCCAAAAAACAUAACCUUGGAAUAAAUAACAAUAUUUUGCAACCUGUAGACUCUAAAAUACAGGAGAUCGAGUACAUGGAGAACCAUAUCAAUAGCAAAAGAUUGAAUAACGAUCUUGUGGGAAGUACAGAAAACCUCUUAAAAGAGGACUCAUGCACUGCCUCGUCCAAAAACUACAAAAAUGCCAGCGGCGUUGUAAACUCCUCGCCCCGCAGCCACAGUGCAACCAAUGGGAGCAUUCCUUCCUCAUCUGCUAAGAAUGAAAAAAAACAGAAGUGCGCUAGCAAGAGCCCAUGCGCACACAAAGACUUAAUGGAAAACUGUAUUCCCAAUAACCAGCUAAGCAAACCAGAUGCACUGGUAAGGUUGGAGCAAGAUAUUAAGAAGUUAAAGGCUGACCUUCAGGCAAGCAGGCAAAUUGAACAAGAGCUGCGUAGUCAGAUUGGGUCUCUGACCAGCACAGAGCGGGGGAUUCGAUCUGAAAUUGGGCAGCUCCGACAAGAAAAUGAGCUGCUUCAGAACAAACUGCAUAACGCUGUGCAGAUGAAACAAAAAGACAAGCAGACCAUUGGCCAGUUGGAGAAAAAGCUGAAAGCGGAGCAAGAGGCACGAACCUUUGUAGAAAAACAGUUGAUGGAAGAAAAAAAAAGGAAGAAGUUGGAAGAAGCGACCGCUGCGCGGGCUGUAGCUUUUGCUGCUGCUACCAGAGGAGAGUGCACCGAAACUUUACGGAAUCGCAUCAGAGACCUGGAGACAGAGUGCAAGAAGUUAACCAUCGACAUAAAGCUGAAAGAAGAUCAGAUACGAGAUCUAGAAAUGAAAGUUCAGGAACUGCGGAAAUACAAAGAGAACGAAAAGGACACAGAGGUGUUAAUGUCAGCACUUUCAGCCAUGCAGGAUAAGACGCAGCACUUAGAAAACAGCUUGAGCGCAGAGACGAGGAUCAAGUUGGACCUGUUCUCGGCGUUAGGAGAUGCAAAAAGACAACUUGAGAUCGCCCAAGGGCAAAUAAUUCAAAAAGAUCAGGAAAUCAAGGACCUAAAACAGAAGAUAGCAGAAGUUAUGGCAGUAAUGCCCAGCAUAACGUACACUCCGGCCACCAGCACGCUGAGUCCGGUUUCCCCCCAUUAUUCUUCCAAAUUUGUGGAGACCAGCCCUUCUGGACUUGAUCCCAACGCCUCAGUUUAUCAACCUCUGAAGAAGUAAAUGCCAAUUUCCGGUCCGUCACACAGAAGGCAUCACACAGAAAAAUCUCUUGCAGUCAAGAUGAAAUUUGUAUUGUGUGAGACUGUACUGAUUUAUUGUUUAAGAAAAAUAAAUAAAAAAGAAGGAAGUGGGGGGAAGAGAACCCCAACAUCAAGGUUUGGCUAGAACUGCCCAUCAGUUUUUCUUCUAAAUUUUUAGAAAACCUCACAGAACUUUACAAUUUUGUUCUUGGCCAAUGCAUUAAGGGAAAAAAAAUCACAAAUCUUAGUUUUCUUGUAGCAAAUUCUGCCUCUUUAAA